AUGAGCAACAGAGUAGGAAUUGAUGAUGAUCCUGAAACAGUUACUUCGAAUGCGACUCAAUCAAAAAAAUUAUGCGAAUGUCUGAAUAGAAGAAAAGUGAAGUGGCUCACAUUUAUUAUUAUUGCACUUGCUAUAAUUAUAACAAUUCCAAUUGUUAUGUUAAAAACAAUAAAGGCAAACAGUGAAAAAAUAUCAGCAACAGGUAGUCAAAAUGUGGUAAUCAUUUAUUUUGAAGUUAAUAUAAGAGAAAUUAUUUCAAAUGACAGAAAACUGACUGCGAUAACAUCAACAACAGCAUCAACAACAACAGCAACAACAACAUCAACAUCAACGUCAACAACAACAACAAUCACAAUGUCUAUACCAGCACCAACAUCUACACCUAGUAUUUGUACUCCUAACAGCAACGUUUGUGGUACUAGAUCUGAUUUUUCUGGUGGUUUUCGUUUAACUUUUUAUGAAUAUUAUGCUGGUGAUAAAACAGCUGGUGGGGGUGGUGCUGCACAUUAUUGUCCUGGGGGUACUUGGGGCAGUGCUAGUUGUAAUCAGUCUUGUACUUAUGAAAGUACUUUUCGUGAUCAAUGUAUUGCUUGUUGUACCGCCUGUUGUAAAAAUGCUGUUGUUACAAGCCGUACUCUGUAG